AUGGAAGGAUUUGAUGAGAUGAAGAUGAAGCAGCUGCAGCUGCUCAAAGAGAAAAUGAUGAAAAACGCAAAAGCACAAAAAUCAGAAGAAGUAAAAAAAAGUGUUGAAAGUGUUUCAAACAUAUUAAACGUUUCCAAUGUUUCUAAUGUUUCGAAUGUUUCAAAUGUUCGAUCUGUUGAUUCUAAAGAUAUUAGAUUUAGUGUUAAAUCAGGAAAGAAAAUAUUUUUGGAUACUUCUUUUCAAAAUAAAAAAUUGAUGGUACAUCCAAAAAAUGGAAGAAAUAUUUUUCAAACAUCAAAAAAUACAAGCUUUGUUUCUAAAAAUAAAAAUAGUUUGUUAAAACUAACGACUGAAGAAGAAUUAUUUGAUACACCCUUAUCUUUUGAAGAAGUUAUGAGAAGAAAAAAUGAAAAGAAAAAAAUGGAACUACAAAAAAAUAAUCAAACUAAUAUAAGUGAAGAGUUUAUUAAUAAUAAACAAGGAAGUAUAAAUCAAAACUCACCUAAUAAAAACAAUUCACAUUUGUUUAAAAUUCAAUAUGAUAAUUUGAAUAUAUCACAAGAUAAUCAAAAUGGUAAUACAACUAAUAAUAAUAAUAAUAAUAAUAAUAAUAAUGUAAAUGUAAAUGUAAAUGUAAAUGUUGAUAACAAUACACAUAUUAAUAAUUUACAAAAUAAUUCUCUUAUAAAUGGUAACCUACUUCAAAAUAAUAAUUCUUCAUAUAAUGUAGAUACAAUAAAAAAUACAAACUCACUAAAUAUAAAUUCUUUUAAAAACUUUUUUACACAAAAUAUAUCUUCAAAUAAUGAGAAAAAUUGUAAUGUUGGUAUGUUGAAUUUAACCUUUCCAUUUAAUAAUUCUUGUAAAGAUGAAAAGAUACUUACAACUAAAUCGGUAAAUGGUACUGUAUUUAAUAAUAUAAAUAUUGUUAAAAAUGAUGAUAAUAAUGAUGAUAAUAAUGACGAAGAUAAUAACAACAAUAAUAAUAAUAAUGACGAAGAUAAUAACAACAAUAAUAAUAAUAAUAAUGACGAGGAUAAUAAUAAUAAUAACAAUUUAUUGAAUAAGAGCACCUUUUUUAAUAAGGAUAGCAUUUUUGGUACUGCCUUAUUAAAAAAUGAUUAUAUUUUUUCGACUGAUGAGAAAUAUAAUAAUAAGGAUAAAGAAAAUAAUAUAAAUGAAUCACAUAAUAUAUUUAAAAAUGAUAAGAAUAAUAUGAAUGGUACGAAUAUCUUUAGCACAAACAAUUUUAUGACAAGCGAAAAAAUAAUAUCUAAUAAAUUAAAUAAUACAAUAAUAAAUAAUAAUAAUCAAACACAAAAUAAUGGUAUGUCACAAAAUAGUUUUACAAGUAAUCAUAAUGUUGAUCAAGUGCAUAAUAAUACGAUCACGUCGUUAAAUGGUACAAGUGCAGGAAUUCAAAAAGUGAAUGUGGAUAAUAUAUGCAUUCCAAAUAAGGGUCCAACAAAUAUUAAUAAUGUAAAUAAUGUAAAUAAUGUGAACAAUAAUAUAUUUAAUAAUUCUGCUGUUAAUAAUGGGGGCAUUUUUUCGAGCGGAAAAAAUUUAUUCGGUAUUCCUAUUGCAAGAACAACAAAUAAUUUAUUUUUACAAAAAAUAGAAAGUAACAUUAUAAAUACAAAUAAAAUGAACAAUAAUAAUAAUAAUCUUAUGUUUAACAAAACAAUAGAUAGUAGUACUAAUAUAUUUGGUAAGCCAUGUAUAACAAAUAAUAUUUUUAAUAAUACCCUUGGAAAUAACCAUAUAAAUAAAAAUAACAAUACUUUGUUCAAUAAUAUUAAUACUAACAAUAAUAUGAAUAACAUUAUUUCUAAUAAUUCUUUUAAUCCACUAAUAACAAACAAUACUCUUAAAAAUGAAGACAACAAAGUAGUAGUGAGUAAUAUUAAUCAUAUAGAAAAUGUAAUUCAAUUUAAUAAAUCUUCAGAAAAUGAUGAGAAUAAUUUAAAUGUAUCAUAUAAGUCUGUCGAAAAUAAAGAAAGUACUAUGACCAUUGGGGAUAAUAAUAAUGUGUUCAGUUUUUAUAAUUUUAAAGCAAAUAAAUUAACAAAUUUAACAAACCACAACAAUAAUGAUAAUAACAACAAUAAUAAUGAUAAUAACAAUAAUAAUUAUAAUAAUAACAACAACAAUUAUAAUAAUAACAAUAAUAAUGACAAUAUUGUUGUAGGAGACCAUCUUAAGAGUAAUUCAGAAUGUGUACAAGGACAAAACAUGAAUGAACAAAAUAACGAAAUGGUUUAUAAUAAACAAAACACCAAUAUUAUUAUUAAUACAAAUAAUAAUGAUAAUGUGAAUAAAGAAAUAAUUACCACCAUGGAAAGUCCUAGCGAAAACAAUACCAUAUGUAAAGGAGAAGACCAUAUUAAACCACAAAUAAAUGUAAGUAAUAUGGAUGAAGUUGCAAAAUCGGGAAAGGAAGACACGCAACAUGUAAUAAAUAAUAAUAUAAAUGAAAGUAAGGAACCAAAAAAUAUAAAAAAAACGUUUACUAGCUAUUUUAAUAAUUUCAUCCCAUCUAUAUUUACAAGUGAAAAUAAAAAAGAACCCAAGGAUCAACAAAAUGGUAAUAAUGAUAAUAAUGAUAAUAAUGAUAAUAAUGAAAAUAAUAAAAAUAAUGAAAAUAAUGAAAAUAAUGAAAAUAAUGAAAAUAAUGAAAAUAAUGAAAAUAAUGAAAAUAAUAAAAAUAAUGAAAAUAAUAAGGAUAAAUAUGAUGAUGUUAACAAAUUUGAAAAUAGAACCGGUGAUAUUAUAACAAAUGAUGAUAGUUUAACAAAUAAUCUGUGCAUAUUUAAGAAGAAUGAAACUGUAGAAAACAUACCAAAUAAUAAUGAUAAUAAUAAUGAUAGUAGUAGUAAUAAUAAAGAAGAAGAAUGCUUAAAUAAUAAAAACCAAUUAUACAUGAAUACUAUUAAACAAGAUGGUGGUAACAGUAAUGUUUGGAAUAAUUCUCAAAAUAAUAAUAAUUUCCUUUUUAAUAAUUUAUCAGGAAACCAUCCAAAUAAUGAUAAUAUACUUGCUUCUAAGGAAGUUAAGCCAUUUUUGGGUUCUAGUGAAAAAACUAAAAAUGAACCCAUUGAAUUGAUGACACCAAAUAAAAUAAAUGAAAAUUCAAAUACCUUUUUUAUUAAUAAAAAUGUAAAUAAUACAAAUAUAUUGUCGAAAGGAGAAGAAAUAGAAAAUAAUGAGAAUGCUGAAAUAAAUUUAUUUAAUAGGAUUCCAAAAAAUGGGGUUUUUAAUUUAAGUUCUGAAAAUUAUGAGAACAAGGAAGAGUUUGAUAAAUUCAAUAAAAUAUAUACAAAUAUAAAUUGUAUAAAUAAAAAUAUAAAUUUUAUAAAUACGUAUGUACCAUCCAAUGUUGUAAAUAUAAAUAAUUUCAUAGAAGAUCAAAACAGUUGUGCUAAUACAUAUGAUGCCUUAUCAAAAACAAAUGAUAUGUUUUUGAAAAAAAUGAAAAGUGAUAAUAAUAAUAAUAAUAAUAAUAAUAAUAAUAUUAUACAAACAAAUGAAGAGUUACAACUCAUGAUGAGAGAUUUAAACAAGGAGGUUACACACAAAAAUUCAAAUUGUAAUAUAGAAAAUGAUCAUAGUAAUAAUAAUAUAAAUGAGAAGAAUAGUUUAAAUCAUAAGGAGUCAUUUAACUUUACAGGGAUAAAUAAUGAUGGAAUAAAUAUAUGUAGUAGUAGUAAUAAUAAUAAUAAUAAUAAUAUGUAUAUAAAUAAUAACAUUUCUCUUGGUACAAACAAUAGUAACAACUUUUUAUUAAAAUAUGAUUCUUUAAAAAAAAGUGGUAUGAAUAUAAAUAUGUUAAGUUGUGAUGAGAAACUAAAGUUGUUAAAUGAAACAUCUAAGGAAAUUACUAUAAAUGAGGAAUCUGAUUUUAAUGGAAUAAUACCUGACCAUGUUCAGAAAAUUAUUGAGAGAAGAGAAUAUUUUAAAAAUUUAAAUCAGUCACCAAGAACUGAAGAAAAAAAAAUAGGAACAAAAAAAAUGAAACCUUUUGUACCUUUAGAAUAUAGAGAAUCAUUUAGAAAUACAUUUUAUAAAAAUGAAAAUAAUAAAAAUAAUAUAUUUUCUUUACAGAACUUGGGUGCUAUGGAUAUUAUAAAAAGCUCAUCAAGGUCGAAUAAUAAUCAAAAUGUAAAUAGUGUUAAUAAUAUGAAUAAUACGAAUAAUAAUAAUAAUAAUAAUAAUAAUAUAAACAUUGGGCAGAAUAAAUUUAAGAAUGAUGUUUUCUCACCUCAUGAUGAAAACAUUUUAAACAAUAAUCAUAAACAAGCAAAUAUGUACAGUAACUCAAAUAACAGUGCAAGUAUUUCCUCUACAUAUUUUAAUGAAGAUGCUUACAUAUUUAAAGAUAACAAAAUAAACAAAAACGUUAUAAAUUCCCAUGAUGAUAAUAAGAAUGGAAAUGAUCAUAUGGUAAAUAAUUUUGUAAACGAUGAACAGAAGAGAGGAAACUAUUUAUUAAAAAUUGAAAAAGAAAUAAACAACGAAACAAAUUUUAUAUCUAAUAUAUAUAAUAAUUUAGAUAAAAAUAAUUUUAUAUAUAAUUAUGACAGUGGACCCAAAGAUUUUUCAGUUAAUAAUAAUGAUGAUGAUGUUUAUAAUAAUAAUGAUGAUUUUUAUAAUAAUAAAAAAAAAAAAAAAAAUUCUUUUAAUAAUACUAGUGAUCAUGAUAUGAAUUCCUUAAGCUAUCAUGAAAAUGAUGACAUAUGUUCAUCGUAUACACAAAAGAAAAGAAAAGUUUUACAAAACAAGGAUAAUUUUGAAGAAGAUAAUUUCUCACAAGAUAAUGAACUUUCAGAUAUUUCGUCAAAAGAUAAUAGAUGUGUACAUAUGAAUAAUUAUGUUAAACAAAUAAGAAACUCCAGAUCUUUAUCGGAUAUCUCUCUAAAUUUAACAAAAUAUACAUUAGAAAGUGAAAAAAUAUUAUGUGAUAUUAUAAAUGAUAAUUUUAAUAUGACCAUAAAAGUUUCAUCCUUAAAUGAUCUGCCUUAUUUCUUUGACGAAGAAAAGAUACAAUAA